AUGACAGAUCACGCCGAGCCUCAAAUAGACGAGGGCUUGUAUUCGCGGCAGCUUUAUGUUCUUGGCCAUGAUGCUAUGAAGAAAAUGGGUUCAUCAGACAUCCUAAUAUCUGGCAUGAAUGGUCUUGGAAUUGAAAUUGCUAAAAAUGUAGUUUUAGCUGGCGUCAAGUCUGUAACUAUCCAUGAUACUGAAGUGGUUGAAAUUGCUGAUUUAUCUUCGCAGUUCUUCUUACGUGAAGGAGACAUCGGAAAAAAUAGAGCGGAAGCGUCGUGUGAUCGGUUAAGUGAAUUAAACAAUUACGUCAAUGUCAACGUUUACACUGGAUCGUUAACAGAAGACUUUUUAACUCACUUCAAAGUUAUCAUCUUAGUACAAGCUUCUCUUAGUCAACAACUAAAAAUUGGUGAAUUUGCACAUGAAAGUUCGAUAGCUUUCUUGGUAGCUGAUACUAGGGGAUUAUUUGGACAAGUAUUUUGUGACUUUGGAGCUCAAUUUCAAGUACUAGAUACGAAUGGGGAAAGGCCAAUAAGUUGUUUGGUUUCAUCGAUUACAAAGGAUUCUGAAGGAGUUGUUACGUGUGCUGACGAACAGAGGCACGGCCUUGAAGAUGGCGAUUAUGUAACAUUUAAAGAAAUCAGGGGGAUGGUUGAACUGAAUGAUGGUAAACCUCGUAAAAUUAAAACUCUAGGCCCAUAUACUUUUAGUAUUGGUGAUACGAAGAAUUAUAGUAAUUACGAGAGGGAAGGUGUUGUGACACAAGUUAAAAUGCCUACAACGUUAAAAUUUAAAUCAAUUAAGGCCGCGUUAUCUGAGCCUGACUUUCUCGUUUCCGAUUUUGCUAAAUUCGAUCAUCCUCCUCAACUACAUCUUGCAUUUCAAGCAUUAUCCGAAUAUCAGCGUAGAUAUGGACAAUUGCCUAGACCUAGAAAUGAAGCGGAUGCAUUAAAUUUUUUAAAUGUGGUCAAAGAAAUUAAUGAAAAAUCGGAGUUCAAAGUUGAUUCAUUUGAUGAUGACUUGCUGAAGCUGUUCGCUUUUAAUGCGAAAGGAAAUUUAUCUCCUAUGCAAGCCGUUAUUGGUAGUAUAACUGCGCAGGAAGUUCUUAAAGCAUGUAGUGGUAAAUUCUCUCCAAUCCGUCAAUGGUUUUAUUUUGAUGCUACAGAGUGUCUCAAAGGUGUCAAUCCAGCUGCAGCUGAAGAAGAUUUUCAACCGAGUGAUUCCCGAUACGAUGGGCAAGUAGCUAUUUUCGGUAAAGAAUUUCAGAAAAAAUUGGAAUCAUUACGAUAUUUCGUGGUCGGUGCCGGUGCUAUAGGAUGUGAAAUUCUUAAGAAUUUAGCUAUGAUAGGUGUUGGUGCGGGAUCUAAUGGUCACAUUUACGUAACAGAUAUGGAUAUUAUUGAAAAAUCUAAUUUAAACCGUCAAUUCUUAUUCCGGCCUUGGGAUGUUCAAAAACCAAAGUCGCUUACCGCAGCCAAUUUUGUAAAGCAAAUAAAUCCAAAUGUUCGUAUUACCCCUCAUGAAAAUCGCGUAGGUCAGGACACGGAAAAGAUUUACAACGAUGAUUUUUUCGAAGCGUUGACUGGUGUUAUCAACGCCCUAGAUAACGUUGAAGCUCGGCAAUAUAUGGAUCGACGUUGCGUAUAUUAUCGAAAACCGUUAUUGGAAUCUGGUACUUUAGGAACAAAGGGUAACGUACAGGUUGUUUUGCCGUAUGUCACCGAAUCUUACUCAUCGUCACAGGAUCCUCCCGAAAAGUCUAUACCUAUUUGCACAUUGAAGAACUUUCCCAAUGCUAUAGAGCAUACAUUACAGUGGGCUAGAGACGCUUUUGAAGGAUUAUUUAAGCAACCUGCAGAUUAUGCCAAUCAGUACCUCAGUGAUCCAAAAUUUAUGGAGAAACUUAAUAAGAUGCAAGGUAGCCAACCUAUGGAAAUUCUUGAAGCUGUCAAGAAAGCUCUCGUGGAUGAGAAACCGGCAGCUUUUGAAGAUUGUUUACGUUGGGCUGUGACGUUAUUUCAAGAUUACUAUUACAAUACUAUUAAGCAAUUGCUAUAUAAUUUUCCAUCAGAUCAGAAAACUAGUUCUGGAGCAAUGUUUUGGUCUGGCCCAAAGAGGUGCCCACAUCCUAUAAAAUUCGAUGUCGAAAAUCAAUUACAUUUGGAUUUUGUUAUUGCUGCGUCAAACUUAAAAGCUGAGGUCUAUGGUGUGGCAGGAAGUAGAGAUAUAGAGGAAGUAAAGAACGUACUACGUAAAGUUGAGAUCAAAGAAUUUACUCCCAAAUCCGGUAUUAAGAUUGACGUAACUGAAGCGGAGGCUGAAGCUCGAAUGUCUGCUGCUAUCGAUCAUAGUGAAAUGGAGAAGAUCAUUGCUGCGCUUCCAUCUACAGACUCACUCAAAGGAUUUAAGUUGGCCGAUAUCGAGUUUGAAAAGGAUGAUGAUACUAAUUUCCAUAUGGACUUUAUCGUUGCGGCGUCUAACUUACGAGCUGAAAAUUAUGAAAUAGAAAAGGCUGAUAGACAUAAGAGUAAAUUGAUUGCUGGCAAAAUUAUCCCAGCGAUUGCAACUACAACUUCUCUGGUUACAGGACUAGUAUGUUUAGAGUUGUAUAAGAUCGUAAUGGGCUUAAAGGACAUUGAUUCGUUCAAGAAUGGCUUUUUAAAUCUUGCUUUGCCUUUCUUUGGAUUCUCAGAACCUAUUGCUGCCCCUAUAAAUAAAUACAAUGAUGUCGAAUUUACUCUAUGGGAUAGAUUUGAAGUUAAUGGUAUUAAGGAUGAUGGGAAAGAAAUGACACUUACUGAAUUCCUAGAAUACUUUAAGAAACAUCAUAAUCUAGAGAUUACUAUGCUGUCUCAAGGAGUUUCAAUGCUUUACUCAUUUUUCACUCCCAAGGCUAAAUUGCAAGAGCGAUUACCUCUUCCAAUGACGGAACUUGUUCAAAAGGUUUCGAAGCAUCGUAUUCGGUCCCAUGUUAAAUCUCUUGUUUUCGAGAUAUGUUGCAAUGACACUGAUGGCGAAGACGUAGAAGUUCCAUACAUAAAAUAUAAUUUCCGUUAA